AGUGCUCAUUAGUCACAGUCGUUCCUCUCACUGCUUCAUCAUGAGAGAGCUGCACUUUAAAGACAACUUCUGGAGCAGCGACAUUACCAGCACGGCGGGAUACGACGCCAUCAUCCAGCACCUGAACGAUGGUAAGAGGACGUGCAAGGAGAUCGAGGACUUCAUGAAGGCCAGAGCCGCCAUCGAGGAGAAAUAUGCCAAGGAUCUGCUGGGACUGUCCAAAAAAGUGUGCGGCCACAACGAGAUGAAUACACUGAAGAGAUCACUUGACGUUUUCAAAUUGCAGACCGAACAGGUCGGCUUCUCACACCUGCACUUGGCCCAGGCCAUGAGGGACGAGGUCAAAAAGUUAGAGGAGUUCAAAGAGAAACAGAAAGAAGCAAGAAAAAAGAUGGAGCAGCAGAUAGACGCGCUGCACAAACAGAAAGCAACGCAGUACAAGAAAACCAUGGAGACCAAGAAGACGUACGAGCAGAAAUGUCGUGAUAAAGAAGAAGCUGAACAGGCCAUGAAUCGAAGCGCCGGCGCCAGCAACAGCAAACAGCAGGAGAAGCUUUUUGCCAAAGCUCAGCAGGCCAAGCAGUCAGCAGAAGAAGCUGACAGGAUGUACAACCAGAGCGUGUGCGUUUUGGGGAAGAUUCGGGAGGAGUGGCUCAACGAGUUCGUUAAAGCGUGUGAGAUGUUUGAGAAACAGGAAGUGGAGAGGAUCAGUGUGUUGCGGAACGUGAUAUGGACUCACCUAAAUCAGCUCUCACAGCAGUGUGUGACCAGCGAUGAGCUUUAUGAGGAUGUCAGGAAAUCUCUGGAGCAGUGUAACAUCCAGGAGGACAUCGAGCACUUCAUCAACUUGAGAAGAACCGGAGACAAACCUCCAGCUCCUAUACAGUACGAGAACUUCUACUCCAAUCAGAGAGCGGUUCCUACCCGACAGCCGCCGUCUUUAACCCGGAGAGCUGCACCCCAGUUACCCAACGCAGGAGGUGAUGUGACCUAUGCGACUAUAGAAGAUCCAGGAUACAGUCUGAUUAAAUACUAACAGAAAGGACGAGAGACGCUGCACCCCACCAUGCUGAACACUGCUGUAUUCACUCAUUCACCUGCUGUUAAACACAUAUUAAUCCCUUCACACUAAACACACCAUGUUUCUGUAACGAUACACACACAGUAUACACACACGUAUACACACACGUAUACACACAGUAUACACACACACACCGUAUACACCGAAUACACACACACUGUAAUACACUGUAUACACACACACACUGUACACACACACGUAUACACACAGUAUACACACACUGUAUUCACCGUAUACACACACUGUAUACACCGUAUACACACACACACCGUAUACACCGAAUACACACACACUGUAAUACACUGUAUACACACACACACUGUAUACACACACGUAUACACACACACUGUAUACACCGUAUACACACACACACGUAUACACACACUGUAUACACCGUAUACACACAGUAUACACACACACUGUAAUACACUGAAUACACACACACACAGUAUACACACACUGUAUACACCAUAUACACACACUGUAUACACCAUAUACACACACAGUAUACACACACUGUAUACACAUACACAUCAUACACACACUGUAUACACAUACAGCAUACACACUGUGUACACACUCCAUAUACACACACUGUAUACAUUGUAUACACACACACCAUAUAUACACACCGUAUACACUGUAUACACACACCAUAUACAAACCCUGUAUAUACACACAUUGUAUACACACACACCAUAUAAACACACCAUAUAUACACACCGUAUACACUGUAUACACACAUUGUAUACACACACACCAAAUACACACACCAUAUACACACACUAUACAUUGUAUACACACACACCAAAUACACACACCAUAUACACACACACUGUAUACACACACCAUAUACGAACACAUCAUACACACUGAAUACACUGUAUACACACAUUGUAUACACACACACCGUAUACAGUGUAUACACACACACCAUAUACACACACCAUAUACACACAGUGUACUCUGUAUACACAUUGUAUACUCACACACCAUAUACACACAUUGUAUACUCACACACCAUAUACACACAUUGUAUACACACACACUGUAUGCAGUGUAUACACACACACCAUAUACACACACCAUAUACACACAGUGUACUCUGUAUACACAUUGUAUACUCACACACCAUAUACACACAUUGUAUAUACAUUGUAUACACACCUUAUACACUGUAUACAAGCACGGUAUACACACAUUGUAUACACACACCAUAUAUACACACCGUAUACACUGUAUACAGACAUUGUAUACACACACCAUACACACACACCAUAUAUAAACACCUUAUGCAGGCCUUUCUAACCAACAUUAAAAACAUUUGGGGUGCUACCACUGUAGCUGAGAUCUCAAGCUCUUGGGUUUGAAUCUCAGCUGAGUUUUUGACCUGACGCGAUUGGCUGUGUCUGAGGAAGGGAUGGGUCGAAGGGGCUUUGCAUGGGUGACAACAUGCAACCGGUGUUCAGCCAAUGAGCAUGUGAUCGUCUGAGGCUCUUCUCUGUCAGGGAAAUGGGAGAACUGGAAAAAUUAGACAAAUGCAAAAAAUGAAGAAAAGUAGAAAGAAGAAGGGUGGGAGGUUUUAGAUUUACACUGGAUUAUAUUAGUAGUAUAUUUAUAUUUAAGAAGUGUAGCAUAUGCUUCCAGAGCAUCAUGAUUGUGUUGAUAUUUUAUAUUUAUUUGUUUCAUUGUUUUGUUCACUCGUUUGUGCCUUAUUUACUAAAAAGCUAAAAUUUUGAUGUGGAAAACAAACCAAAGAAAAAUGAUGAGUAACGAAUGUUAAUAACACGUCGGACAGAAAGACUCAUCAGUGAUUCGAAGCUGCACUGGGUAGAAUUUUGAUUCGUAUUUAUAUCACAA